GCGGGGCGACGCGCAGAGUCAGACCGAGCAGCAGACACUGAGGAGCGGGGAGCUGAGGCGGAGGCUCCGGUCCUCUCUGCGGGACUUCCACAGCUUCCUACCCGCCGGGUCGCAGCUGUUUGCGGGCACAGAACCGAGCAGGCAUCGGUCCUCCGGCAGCAUGAAGAAGAACAGCUCCGACAGACGGGGCCCGCAGGACUCGGCCCCGCAGCACCUGCAGCCCGAUAAAGUCGGCUGGAUCCGUAAGUUCUGCAAGAAGGGGAUCUUCAGAGAGAUCUGGAAGAACCGCUUCGUGGUUCUGAGAGGAGACCAGCUGUUCAUCUGUGAGAAGGAGGUGAAGGAUCUGAGUCGGGCUGACGAGCUGCUGGAUUUAUCAGAUUAUGAACGAUGUGAAGAAAUCAGGAAGAAUAAAAGUCGCAGCAAGAAAAAUCACAGCAAGUUCAAACUGCAGCGCUGCAACACACCUGGAACCAUGGUUCCUAACUUGAUCUUUCUGGCCGUCAGUCCGGAGGAGAAAGAAUGUUGGAUCAACGUUCUGAACGCUGCGAUCACACGAGCUCAGAACAAGAUCCUGGACGAGGUGAUGGUAGAAGACGCUCAGCUGUCUCAUCUGACUCGAGAUCGAGUGAAGAUUCCUCACAACCGCAGACUGCCGACCAGAGGUCACCUGCUGACUGUGGCGUCCACCUCCACCUCAGACGGGAUGCUGACCCUGGAUCUGAUCCAGGAGGAGGACCAUCUCAGCCCAAACUGCCCCAGAUCCCAAACGGACGGCGCCAUCUCUGCCAGAGCCGCUGAGGCUGCUGGGAAGUCUCAGAGCCUCCCUCGGCAGGUAGCGGUGGUAUGGGAACGGGCUCCCCCCCCCCCCCCCCCGCAGCCCGGGAAACCUUUGACCACCGCCGAGAAGAACCACUGCGCCUCCAUGGACCAGAUCCUGACGCAUUCUGAGACGAAGGCUACAAAGAGCCGAGCGACGCCGCCGACGAGCUCGGCGCCGAUCGACCGGCUGCACGAUCUCAUCGGCCAGAAGCUGGAGAAGACGGAGCAGCUGCUGAAGGAGGUGAAGGAGGCGAAGGGGGCGAAGGAGGCGAAGGAGGUGAAAGAGGCGAAGGAGGCGAAGGGAGGCGACGGGGAAGCCGGGAAGCUGAAAGGGAAGGAGUCCGCUGAGAUGAGAACCGAAGCUCAGAGACUCCUGAAGGAGGCGGCGGCGGCCUGGACUCAGGCCCAGGAGGUGCUGGAGGAGGUGAAGGAGCUCCGGGUUCUGUACCAACAACUGGACCCCAACUCCUCCAACUGCACCAAACAAAACCCGAUGUGAGCUGCAGGGUGCUGACUCAGACCGGUCCAGUCUGAGCAGCUGUUUGCUGGACUUCAGAUGAAGCUGCAAACUGAUCAAUAAUAAUAAUAAUAAUAAUAAUAAUAAUAAUAAUAAUAAUAAUAAUAAUAAUAAUAAUAAUAAAUUAUUGGAAAAGAUUCAGGUUUUGGUUUCCAGCAGUCCGGAGGAACCAGAACUGGUCCAGGACUUUCUUACAAAUGUGAGACAAUUGAAUCUUUGUUUGUAGUUAGAAACGUCUCCGACUCUGAGAAGUCUCUUUGUGUUUGCACAGAGGAACAUUUGGUACUUCAGAGGAAAUGAAAUGUGCCAAGAGGAUCCUGACAUGAAGGAGUUUAACUGGAGGCCUUUAGAUCUCACAGAGAUUUUAUACUGAACAAAACGUUUCAGUAACAACUGAUCAGCUGGAACACAAACAAACAAGACUGAAGAAGAAGAAUGAAACAGGAAGUGAUUUAAACGUGUUAACAGUGAAGCUCUUCCAGCUGAAUCUGAAGGUCUUUGCACACAAAAGUGUUUUAUUUUCACAUCAGCGACGAGAUUUCACUCCAAGAUAUCGCAGAUUUUAUUUUUUCGGACCAACGUCGAUUUUGCUAAGUUUCACAUCUAAUCAAUCACAUCUAAUCAAUCACAUCUAAUCAAUCACAUCCGACCAAUCACAUCUAAUCAAUCACAUCCGACCAAUCACAUCUAAUCAAUCACAUCCGACCAAUCACAUCUAAUCAAUCAGCUCUCAGCCUCGGUUCAGUUUUGGGUGUUUCAGGAAUUAAAGGAUCAAAAUCUUUAUAAUUUAUUUAAUUUAUUUGCUAAAUCGCUUCGUGGUUGAUGUGCAGAGACCUUCAGUUAAAGACGUUUCCUUUGAUCUCAAUCAUUCCCAUGUUUCAUUAUAAUAUUAAUAUAUAUAUAUAUAUACAUAUAUAUAAAUAUAAAUAUAUAUAUAUAUUUAUAUGUAUGAA